CUAACAUUUCCUGGAACACACGAAUUAAAAUUUUAAUGUAACGCCCCCGAACUGCCGCAUAAACUAUGAGCAGAUUCGCUGAUUACUUUGUAAUAUGCGGAUUGGAUCUGAAUUCGGGGCUGGAGCCAGACAGAUUGUCAGGUGAUAAUCUACACUGCUCACCAUUGGAAAGACCAUAUAAAAAUAAAGUUCUUGCACAUUAUCCAGAAAAUUUACCAUCAAAUCCUUUUGAUGCAUCAGCUGUGUCUAUGUUAUGUUUGCCAAGUGGCCUAAAAUUCCGCACACAAAAACAUUCUGUAACUCAAGCGCCAAAUUUCCACCCGUUUGUUAUCACCCGCGAAGAUGGCAAACGCUGCUACGGCUUCAGCCUGGUUUUCUACGAAGAAGUACGCAACCGCGACAUUUGCACCGCAAUGCAAACGCUGCAAGCAAUGUAUGUCACUGAAUUAUCCUCCGGCGAUCGCGUCCGCCAGGUACAACAACAGCAUGGCCCACAAAGUCGCUCAUUACCACGACACUUUAAAAUCAGCACACCGUCUGGCCCAUCAGCUGCAGCGUUAACAUACUAUGAUAUCUCAAAGGAUAAAUUAUUUGUAUCAAAGAGUAUUGCGAUAUUAGCACAGGUACCGCACGUGCACGCAGCGAAAACAUUCUUGGAGAAUCUCUAUCGAUGCGUGCCAAGGCGUCAGACGAAUAUUGAUGGGCUAAGUCUAGAGAGCUAUGUGUUUAAUUUAUUAUAUGAGGUGCAGUUGCCGGGACCCGGUAAGAGUCUGUUAAUGAAUCUUCCGCCUGGGGAUCCAGCGUUACCGUUGGCUAGUGUGGUUAUUCAAACACCUGCACCGCCGUUGGAGUUACCGCAUUUGGAUUUUUCGAUGAGAAUGAUGUUUACUUGGUUGGGGGUUGAUAUUGUUUUGCAAUUAUUUACCUGCUUGUUGUUGGAGAAUCAAGUUUUACUUUAUAGUACUGAUUGCCAAAGAUUAAUGAUUGUGGCUGAGGGUAUAUCCAGUCUGUUGUUUCCCUUCACAUGGCCGCACGUCUAUGUGCCAAUACUCCCAGCGAGUCUGCAUCAUUUCCUAGAUGCUCCGGUUCCUUUUCUAAUGGGUUUACAUGGAUCACCUGAUUAUACGAAGUUACCCAGUGAAGCUACGCUCUGCUUUGUCGAUAUUGACAAGUGUAAAGUGAUACUACCGGAAGAAACAGCUACUUUUCCGCAUCUGGAAGCAUUCACCGCUGAAAUUUACUCGGCGUUGGAUAAAUUUAGUGUUCACGUACCGAAUGCUGAAUGUAAUCGAGCUAGUCAUGAAAUAAUGUCACGUUCUUGUACAUUACCCCACCGCCCACAAAAUCGGCGAAAGUUAUCUAUCCAUGACACUCUGGACUCUGAUAGACCACCAUCACCACCUGGCUCAGCCCGUUCUGAAGCCCUCCAACGUAUUGCAGACCUAGUGCGACGUACUGGUGUCGCACUAGAUCAAAACGGAACCACUCAACCCACUGAUAGCUACGCGGAAGAUUUACGCUUCAAUAAUUCAAUGCGUGAGAUAUUCCUCAAUCGUUUCGUGCAUAUUUUUCAAACGUAUGAGAAUUUUGUCAUUCAACCGAAUCAAGGCAAAGAAGAUUGGCUUAGUAAUCGUGACUCUAUGCAAAACUUUGACAAGGCUUCGUUUCUAUCUGACCAACCCGAGCAGCAUCGACUAUUUUUAUGGCGUUUUCUUGAAUCUCAAAUGUUUGCGACUCUAAUUGACAACAAAAUACUCUCGACAUGGGGUGAUCAGGAUUAUAAUCUCCAAAUCUUUGAUUAUCGAAUUAAAAUGUUGAAAGAACGCUACGGAGGCGAGAAUCUCAUGCGUUCAUUAUGUUAUGAACCUUGUACAAUCUCACAUGACACUCAGAAACUUCUAGAUAGAAGAUUAAACAAUCCUGACUUUGAUUCACCCCCCAUCAAAGAAAUAAUGAUAUCAAAAUCGACGUUUUCGAGGCAUUUUCCACUACUAGAUAAAGAAGUUCUCAAUAAAACGCCCGUGGUUAAUAAAGGUAGCAUCCCGCGUGCGAGCGCGAUGAAAAAGUGUUUUUCGAAAAGCAUGAUGCCUGAUGAUAAAACAUUGAAUAAAGAAAAUAACGACCAUAAUAAAGAUAUGUCGCCGGCGUUAAUAGCGCAAGCGAAUUGGUUGUUUGUCGAGAAGUUGUUGAAGGAUUGUAAAACCAAAACGAAAAGAAUGUUGCUUGCGAAGCUGGGUGCUGAGGGAGUUACAUUAUCAAGUAAUAACACAUCGGAUCAUUCAGGAGCUGUGGAGGAAUGCACGCUUGUCACAUCACUCUGUGACUUUUUGGAGAGGGUUUGGUCGCAUGGUUUGCAUAAAAAACGAGGAAAAUCCGCACUGUGGUCGCAUAUGUGCGCUUAUCAAGAUAUUAACAAAGGCAAUAGUAAAUUGGAUUCGAAAUAUCUCGCACAAGUUGAAUUUACACGAUUAGCACUAAGAUUUGAAAACUGGUCGACGCAGAACGUGGAUAAUAAACGUGCGGAUUUACCACCGCUUCCAGAAGGCUUACUUUUUGAUAUGGCUAAUGUACAAGCAAUGGCCGAUGUAAAAACAGGUAUUGGUAUGGCCCGUGCAUGGGUACGCCUUGCACUCGAGAAAAAGCAGCUAUCUAAACAUUUUCGGGUACUACUCUCGGAUCAAAAUCUACUCAGGGGACAAUAUAAACGCAGCGCCUUUUUGCGCUGCGAGGAAGAACGCGAACAAUUUCUAUACCACUUGCUUUCGUUGAACGCUGUCGACUAUUUUUGCUUCACCAGCACUUAUCCUACAACUGUGAUAACAUACCGAAUCAUAGUAGUACCUACAAAGAGGGGAACCACAACUUCGGCGAAUGUAUGGAUUGUGCUUUCUGGUACACUCAGUGAAACAAAACGUAUUGCGGUUGAAAAGGGUAGUCUUAGUAUGCAAAUUAAGAAUCAAAAUUUGGGUGUUUUGACAACGUUGAGAAUUGGUCAUGAUAACACCGGGAUGUCUGCAAAGUGGCAAGUUGACCACGUUUUGGUUCGAAAUGACGUAACAGGUCACACUUAUGAAUUUCCUUGCGGUCGUUGGUUGGGCCGUGGAGUUGACGACGGUUCUACUGAGCGUUUACUCGUUGGUACAUUAAUUCCUAGUGUGAAGGCCGAAGAACACACUGUUACAGGCGGCGGGAUGCAAACUGGCAGCAUCGGACGGCGUACACCUAGGUGUCAAUCGCCUGGACCGCCGCGUACAGAAAUGAAACCGUCGCAGAUACAAAAUAUGCUCAGCGAUUGUGUGAAUAACAUUGUCAAAUGGCACUAUCGCCGAAAUUCGGAAAGGAAUACUACUCUUACAGCUCUUCUUUGUGGAGAUGCUGGGCUAGUAAAAUGUUUGGAGUUGGUUUUCUUGUUGGGAUUUAAAUCUGCGCGGCUUUUUGUUUUCAAUCAUUACAUUUGGGAUUAUUUUGUUCGUGUAAAGGAACAAUUCGAAUUGGAUUUGAUUGAGGAGAGUUCCGGAUGUAGAAGUGCAAGUUUAGAGAGAAAUCAUCAGGAGACACUUGCUGUGUGGCGUUGUUAUUGCCAUCUGGUGGAUGAAAUUCAAACUGCGAGUAAAGCAUUAGGAAAAGAUGGAAAGUUCCAGUUAUUUAUUUGUCUCAGUGUCAGAGAGCAUUUACUUCACAGAAUGUUAACCCCAAUGGCGACAUGUCGUGUGACUUCUGAAAUGUACGAAGAAAACUCAUUUCUGCGCAAUCGCGGACUUCUCACCUUCCUGCGGCAAAUUCUCGUCCCUCUGGAUGAACUAGAUGUAGUCCUAGAGAACUCUGUCACGCAUGGCAUCACUUCGCUCGUUGCCAACGUGCAUUAACAAUAACUAGUCGCAGUGUGCAGCUAAUACGCGUUUAAAUUUACUAUUAAUACAAUGAUCUGGUCAUGAUCCGUUAAAGACAAAAGAAACGAUUGGAGGCUAUUUGAAUACUCAUGGAUAAUCGAAAGAAACUGCUAUCAAAACGUAAAUACAAGUCAAAACGAAAGCACACAAACCAAACAAAAGCAAACAACUCAAAUAAUUCACGCAUAAAAUGUCAGGAUCACACAUUGGUAGAAUGAUUUGCAACGUUUUUUGUACAAAAAAUCUAUUUUUGUUCAUUUAUUGAUAUAAUACUCAACGUAGGCAACUUUAAAGACAGCUAAUCUAUUUUUGCAACGUUUAAGUACCUGUAGUUUAGUUCAAUAUUUACUUUUAGUUACAUAGUGAUAUAUCAAGAUCUUGCCGUCUAAACUUUAGUACUAUUAUUAAUGUGAUUCUCUCUUGCUUUUAGUUACCACGUUACUGCAUCACGUAACAAGUGUUUCGAAUGAUUAAUUUAUAACUACUGUAAUAAUCACAUGUUCCUUUGACACUCCAAGAAGAAAAGUUUAAUUUAUUCGUUAAUUUAGCUCUAAUCGAAUAUUAUUUAAGUGAACGCGAGGCAUGGAACAAAUAUUUUUUGAAAUGGCUUCAAGACCAAACUUGUUGCGUUUAUUUUUCUAAUAGUUUAAGCUCGAAUAUACCAAAAAUGUCGAUGUAAGUGUAUUACUAAGUUGCGAGAAUCUCUGGUUUAAAGAGUGUAGCAGUUGUGGUAGUUUACGUGUAUUUACUGUAAAUAGUUGAAGAGUAGCUUCGUCUUGUGCUAUUGUACUCAUGCAUGGUAACCAUGGCAACCAAAACAAAAUGUAACAACAAUAAUCAAAACAAACCGACAUUCCUCACGCUGGAAAUUGAAGAUUUUAGAGAAACUGAUUGCAAGACGAUGUUGGAUGUAAGAAUAUUUAUGCCAAAUUAGAUUUUACAGGAUAUUAUCACUGACUACCACGAAUAAAUUGUAGAUAGAUGUAAAAUUAAUCGUAUGGUGAAGAAUUUGACUAGAAAAUGACAAGAAUAUUAGAGUAUGACAAAUUCUAAUGGUUAAUAAUACUGAUAUUAUUAAUAUUUAUAAGUGUAAACUCAUUGUGAUUGUUUGAAAGAAAGUUUUAAAGAAGAUAAUUCGUCGUUAGCAAUAUGGAAGUCCAACACAAAACAGAAACAAAUGCAAAGCAAGAAAAUGAUAAAAUAAAACUUAUUACUAACGUAAUAUUCAGAAAUUAAAUGGUAAUAAAAGUAAAUUUAUAAAGAA